CGCGAGGCUCCUCCUCUCCAAGCCAAACUCAUCAGAUAAAACACACCGAGAGACGAAGAAACUGGACAUCCUAUACGCGCUCGUCCGCUACCGCCGGAGCAUCAGUGAUCCCGCAACACGUCCUUAAAAUAAUCCGUAUCAAAACAGCGCAAACAAUAGCGGUUAGCAGGGAUCGGGAGGAAUAUAUCAGUCUCUCAAGCGAACAAUGAACGCGGGCUGAACUCUCAGGCCUCCUGCUGACCCUUCUGUCGGGUCUGGAGUGCAGUGCCGUGUGGACGAGAGGACUGCUGGGAAAUGAAGUCCAGUCUGAAACAGUGGCGGCGACUAGCCCUCGGGCUAAUGCUGGGCUGGGUACUGCUGUUUCUGGCUCUUUUCUCCUACUUUAUGGAUUCAAGAGUGGAUGAACCGAAUUCCUCCGCAGCACUUGCCUACACUGACACUCGGCGGUUGACCUCGCUUCAAGCUAUCCCCCGCACCAUUAUGGGCAACCAUCUGGGGCUGGCCCCCUCUGCUUCCAGUAAUACCCAGCAGAAGCAAAGUCAGGAGCAAAACCCCAACAACAUCAAUCCCCAGCCUAGUCCAGGCAGUCAGGAGGCCUACCCCUAUCCGGACCAUCAAAGCUUGGCAGCCUGGUCUGCGGUUGGCACCCAGGAUGUGCGCUGGAGAUCGGCUGCUGUGGGUCGCAGUCGUGAGCGGCAGGAGUACAACCAGGAUUCACCUCAGCAGGAUGAAGUUGAGGAGGAGGAAGAGGUGGUAGGAGGAGAAGAGGAAGAUGUUGGAAGGAGGAGGACGAGGAUGCGGGUGUCUACAUAUAGGCACGAAAACUCUGAUUCGGAUGAUUACUAUGUACCAAGAAGAAGAUCCGUAGUUAAAAGCUCGUGGAAAGGGGGUUUAUCAUUGGACAUGCUUAGUCCACGUCUACAGAUUGCUAGGAAAGAAUAUCUUAGUAAUAAUAAACUCGGUGUGGCCUAUAAAGGGAACCGAAGGAAGAUACAGAGUGGCCAAGUGUUGUGUGACCUAAGGAAGAUGGGGGAGGUUAAAACUUUGGAUGGAAAUGAGACACCCUUCUCAACCCUGGGCUGGAAGAAGAUUGUACCUGCUUCAACCUUGAAACAGCUUUUCGGGAAAGGCUUCCGGACCUGUGCUGUGGUCACUUCUGCUGGUGCCAUGCUCCACUCCAGACUUGGCAAAGAGAUUGACUCCCAUGAUGCAGUUCUGCGGUUUAACACAGCUCCUACCGAGGGUUAUGAGAGAGAUGUUGGAAAUAAAACCACAAUUCGCAUCAUUAACUCUCAGAUUGUUGCUAACCCCAUGCACGAGUUCAACACAAGUUCAUUGUAUAAGAAUGUAACACUACUGGCGUGGGACCCUGCACCAUAUACCAUUGACUUGAAGAAAUGGUACUCUCAUCCAGAUUACAACCUGUUCAAACCAUAUAAGCAGCACAGGAUCCGAUUCCCUGCUCAGCCUUUCUAUAUCCUGCACCCUCAGUACAUCUGGCAGUUGUGGGAUGUGAUCCAGGCAAACAAUCUGGAGAACAUUCAGCCCAAUCCACCCUCCUCAGGAUUCACAGGUAUCCUAGUGAUGAUGUCCUUAUGCGAAGAGGUCCACGUGUACGAGUACAUUCCUUCUCUACGACAGACCGACCUAUGCCACUAUCACGAGCGAUACUACGACGCCGCCUGCACCCUGGGCGCGUACCAUCCCCUUCUGUACGAGAAGAUGCUCAUUCAGCACGUGAACACGGGCUCGGUGGAAGACCUUAAAAGGAAAGGCAAGGUCACGGUCCCCGGAUUCAAGAACAUCAACUGUGAGCCCUGAACUCAGAUGCAAUAACUGCCUUUGUAAAGCAGCGGACAUCGCAGCUGGCGCAGGACCGCGAAGAUUCAGACUUGCCAGCGGUCCAGUUCGAAGCAUGUUUGUACAGACUAGACUAAAAAUUGCAUUUCCUGAGCCUAAUAAAGAUGGUUAGAAUAGCAAUAGAGGUGAAAGCUUUUUAUAGAUCUGUGGAUGUGAUCUUUGUGGUGUUAAAAGCCAUCAGAAAACAGUGUUUGAGAGAUUUUUAUUUACAUUUUUAAUGGAAAGUAUUAGCAGUCAUACACUGAAAUCUAAUCUACACUGUCGGAACAAAUACAAGAACACGAUGACAUGGGCACCUACUACUUUUUUAAGCCGUUUGCAAGGUUUGCCAUAGUCUGUGUAUUUUGACCCUGUCACGGGCCUUUUAAAAUCAUUUUUGCGCUUCCAAAACUUUUGGCUGAACUGUGGUAGAAAAAUUUAAAUACUACUCACCUUGUAUAGAAGAGUCGUCUUACUGAAAAAACGUAGGCAGAAAACAAUGUUUUCUUUCACUUGAUACUUUGAAGAACCUGUCAUCGCAGGUGGUUUACAGAUUAUAGGUGGGUUUUUUUGUUAUAUAAGGAUUUUAUUGCUUGUGAUAUGGAUAGCACUGUAAAUCGUAUCUGGGACUUUAAAGCUGCUUCCUGGCAAUAUAACAAGUACAGCGGUAAUACUUGUUAAAUAUAAACCGAAGUAGCCUGGACUAUUUUAAACGAAUGAUACUGUCUUAUUUCCUAACUACUUUAAAGCGAAUGAUUGGCAAUGCAUCUUUGCGUUGUCUCCUCUUAUAAAUGUACAGCUGUUUAUUUCGAUCGAUUCUCUGUUCUGUGGUUUCGUUUUUACGGAGGUCGGUUGAAACUUGAAGGUAUGUUUACUCGUCCGCAUCGUUUCAAUGUGUGCCAUUUUGAAUUUGGACUAAAAGUCGAUUGUCAUUUCUCUGUAGAUCUAGCGAGCAGAAGUCUGUUUGAACUGCUCGUGUAUGUUCAUUAAUUGGUUAUUUCACUCAGGAGCUUAUGAGACUCUUUACCAGGGUGAAAUAUCUUCCUUGUAGACUUAUGGUGAGGUGUAAAGCUAAUAUUUGAUCUUUUCCCCAUGUUGGGGGAUUUCGGCAUUUCGGACCAUGAUUAUAUACUGUAUAUUUAUUUUUACAGUCGAAUACUGAACGUGUAAGUUUGGACUUUGCGUAUACGAUAACGGGCUCAGAUCAGAACAUCAUACUGUGUGUUUUCUUAAUACGACUCGCUGGUUGUUUGGCCUGAGCUGACUGCAUUUAAUUAAGUCUGUAAAGUUCGAAUUUGGCCCUUAUGCCAGUUUUUUCUUGAGAACAGACAGGAAUUUAUUUGGAAAAGAAUGAGCGAUGAUGCAAACCGCGUUGCCCAUGUGAGCUCGGCCACGUUUUUCAACGCGUGUCAUGUUUUUUGACCCGUGUACGGGUUAAAACGUUGGUUUCUCUGUUCUCAUGCGAGUCGUUCCUUUGUGAAUGUUUUUUUGUAAGCCUUUAACGAAAGGUAUUUUAGGAGGAUGAACCCUGCCUGAUCUCUUACAGAGAUUAAGAGUAUUAAGUGUUUACUGUAAAUUUGUUUAAUAUUAUAUUAUGUCAUUGGGUAAAAUGACCACUUUAGUGAGUUAGGGGCGCGAGGGAAGCAACAAAUGUACAUUAUAAUGUAAGCAGGGCUUGUUAGUAUUCACGGUUAAUGUUAUCAUUACAGUAUGAAAACUGUUAAUAUUAAGCUUGAUAUGGAGCUUGGUCUCUAGGUUUAAAUCCGUUUAAGGGGAAUAAUUGAAUUGCAAUUGUUUUUACUGGUGAACUUCACUAUACGUGUCAUGGAUGUGCACAGUUGACUCAUAAUGGCUGUAUGUAGUGUUAAAGUGAGAAUGGUACUUUGUCUGGGGUGCUUGCAUCUGUGCCAACUUUCCUUUUCUAUUUCGGUAUGCUUAUUUCCUUACCUUCACUUGAAUUUCCUUAUCCAUUAUCUACUUUUCUUUACAUGCUGUACCGUAUACUUUCCUUCUUGUAGCUCUGCACCACGCAGCCUUUUGCAACUAUAUCUGUGAAAAGUAUUGAUCUUUGACUGUAAAUAUCUGCAAUUGGUAAUGACCAACCAGUUCACUUUGAAAAGCCAUGGGGUGUUUUAUAAUGGUUUCUAUUGGUAUCAUUUCUCAUAGGUUUACAUAUUUAUCAUUAAAUUCAUUCUGAAACUAUAAAUGUUUGUGUAUUCUUUUGACCGUUUCUAAAAUAAAACCCUGGCCGUUGUAA